UUCCAGCCCCGGCCGGGCACUGAGGGCCUGGUGGUGCAUUCUGCACUCUCGGGCCUACUUCCCGGAGCGGAGGGACGCGGGGGCAGGGUUAGAACCCCAGGCUAACUUGCAGUCGUGGAGAGCGCACCUCUUACCCGGUUUGGGAGGAACUGCUGGCCUGAUCAUGGACCCAGAAUGCUCCCGGCUCCUCCCGGCACUCUGUGCUGUUCUGGCAGAUCCCAGACAGCUGGUGGCAGAUGACACCUGCUUGGAGAAACUGCUGGACUGGUUUAAAACAGUGACAGAGGCAGAGUCCAGCCUCCAGCUGCUGCAGGACCACCCCUGCCUCAUGGAGUUACUGUCCCAUGUGCUGAAGCCACAGGACGUGAGCCCCAGGGUCUUCUCCUUUGCUCUGCGCCUUGUUGGGAUCUUUGCGGCCCAGGAAGACUGUUUCCAGUACUUUCAGCAGGGGGAGUUGUUGCUGGGGCUUUUUGGGGAGACGGGUGCCCUCAGCUGGGCAGCCUGGCGCGUGCCCAGCGUGCGCAGCGGCUGGAUCCAGGGCCUGUGCUCCCUGGCACAGCACCCCAGCGCCCUGCACUUCCUGGCUGACAGUGGGGCCGUGGACACGCUCUUCUCCUUGCAGGGAGACCCCAGCCUGUUCGUGGCCUCUGCAGCCAGCCAGCUCCUAGUACACAUCCUGGCUCUUUCCAUGAAAGGUGGGGCGCCAGGGUCCCCCAUCCCAGAGUCUGUCGCCUGGCCUGUCUGUGCCCGGAAGAUUGUGAGCCAUGUAGAAGAGUCGUUACGUUCCAAAGCCACCCCGCAGGUCACACGGGCCUUGAAUGUCCUGACUACCACCUUUGGGCGCUGCCAUAGCCCCUGGACAGGGUUCCUCUGGGAACAGCUAAGUCCCCCUGUCGCCAGCCUGUUUGAGAGAGACCCCAUUCCAGCUGUGCACUCGCUCAUGGACCUCCUUCUCAGUGUAGCCAGGUCUCCUGUAUUCAAUUUCGCAGCCUGUGGCCUGUGGGAGAUGAUGGCACAGACUCUGAGGCGCCUGAGCCCCACACAAGCUGGGCCUCUAGCCCUGGGGACCCUGAAACUUCAACACUGCCCCCAGGAACUGAGGACCCAGGCCUUUGGAGUCCUCCUCCAGCCCCUGGCCUGUAUCCUGAAAGCCACCACUCAGGCCCCUGGACCUCCAGGCUGGUUGGCUGGGACUGUGGAUAGCCCACUGACGGUGGACGUACUCUUGUCUUCUAAGUCGGCCUGUGUGGGCCUCCUCUGCCAGACUCUUGCCCACCUGGAGGAGCUGCAGGCUCUGCCCCAGUGCCCCUCACCCUGGCCACAGGUGCCCCUGCUGCAAGCUGCGGUCACCAUAUUGCGUCUCUGUGAUGGCUCGGCGGACCCUAGCUCCAGCGUGGGAGGCCGUCUCUGUGGGACUCUGGGCAGCUGUGUUCGUGUCCAGCGAGCAGCCCUUGACUUCUUGGGGGCACUGUCUCAGGGGACGAGCCCUGUGGAGUUGGUGCUGGAGGUAUUUGCUGUCCUCCUGAAGACCCUUGAGAGCCCGGAGUCCAGCCCCACGGUCCUAAAGAAGGCCUUCCAGGCCACACUCAGGUGGCUCCAGAACUCCCACAAGGCCCCCGGCUGCUCUGAUCUCAGCCCUGAUGCCCUGCUCUUCCUCGGAGAGCUGUUCCCCAUACUACAGAAGCGCCUGUGCAGCCCGUGUUGGGAGGUGAGGGACUCGGCCCUGGAGUUCCUGACACAGCUGCUCCGACAGUGGGGAGGUCAGGCUGACUUCAGGAAGGCACUGCAUUCCUCCGAAGUGCCGGCGCUCGCCUGCCAGCUCCUCCAAGACCCUGAGAGUUACGUCCGCGCAAGCGCGGUGGGUGCCGCAGGGCAGCUGUCCAGCCGGGGUCUGCAGGCCGCUCCCGCCAGCCCCGAGGACCCGCAGGCCCAGCAGGGCCUGCUCACGGACCUCAUGCAUAUCCUGUCCACGGACUCCGAGGGCUUUCCUCGGAGGGCUGUCUUACGGGUCUUUACCGAGUGGCUGAGGGACGGCCAUGUCGACGUGGUUCGAGACACAGAGUGGUUUGUGGCCACCGUGCUCCAGGCAGUGAGCCGGGAUCUGGACUGGGAGGUGCGAGUGCAGGGCUUGGAGCUGGCGUGGGUGUUUCUCGCCCAGGCGAUGGGCCAGCCCAGCCUCCACUGCCCCUAUACAGUGGGUCUGCCCGGAGCCACCUCUCCUGGCCCACACCUGGAAUUCUUGCAAACUCUCUGCCGUCUGCCACUCUUUGAGUUUGCCUUUUGUGCCUUGCUUGACUGCGACCGCCCGGUCGCCCAAAAGGCCUGCGACCUGCUGCUCUUCCUGAGGGACAAGACAGCUUCCUGCAGUAGCCCCCAGGAGGCCGGGGACAGCCCCAGCUCGGUCUCAGUGGAGGCUGCCCUGCAGAGGUGGCAGGAAGGUGAGCCGGGCCAGCCUCUAGGGGACCUGGAGCCCGAGGCCAUGCUCGCCAUCCUGCGUUCUUUGGACCUGGAGGGCCUGCAGGGCAAGCUGGCCCAGAGCAGUGACCACGUGGAAAAGAGCCCACAGUCCCUGCUGCAGGACAUGCUGGCCACGGUGGGUGUGUUAGAGGAGAAUGAAGUUGACUGCUACUAAGGCCAGCUGCUUAAGAGACACCCUAAGGACAGACAGAGUUCCCACAUCCCACAUUUUAGCCAGGUACGAUUAACACACCUGUGGCCGCAGGGUUUAGAAGGAGAAUGGCGAGUUCCCGGCCAGCCUGGACUAGAUAGCAACCCUGCUUCAAAAAAACCAAGAAAUCAAAUCUAAAGAAAAACUCGCUGGGCGAUGGUGACACAUGCCUUUAAUCCCAGUGCUGGGGAGGCAGAGGCAGGUGGAUCUCUUGAGAUCAAGGCCAGCCUGGUCUACAGAGGGAGUUCCAGGACAGCCAGGGUUACACACAGAAACCCUGUCUCCAAAAAGCAAAACAAAAAAGAAAUGAAAAAAAAAAAAAAAAAAAAAGCAAAACAAAAAACCCCUUUGCCUCGUGUGUGUGCAGAGGUGACCCCACUUUUCUCAGGUGCUGUCCACCUUGUUUUUUGAGAAAAGGCCUCUCACUGGGACUUGGUCCUCACUGAGGAGGCUUGCCUGUGAGCUCCAGGGAUCCUGUCACCACCUCCCCAGCACCGGAUUAUAAUACAGCAGCACCAUGCCUGGAUUUUUACAUGGGUGCUGGGAUUUGAACUCAGGUCCUCAUGCUUGCAUGGCAAGCACUUUACCCACUAAACCAUCUCCCCAGCCCCACAAAGUCCUACUUCCCUUGUUAUUAAAGAAGUGGUUUGUUGUCUGCUCAAAA